UCGGCGGAAAUACAGGGCCAACCGGCAACGCAUCCGACAAAUUGCUCUCACAAUCCAUUCCUCUUACCGGAUCGUCUCUCCCAAAGACCCCAUUCACGAUGCCACCAGCAUACAGCGACAACGAGGAGCCGUCGGACGUCGAAUUCGAGCAGUCGUCGGCCACUAAGAAACCAGUGCGUGGAAGGAAGCCGGUUUCUUAUCAGAUUGACGACCCGGAUGAGGAUGAUGAUGCAGUCUCGGCCGACGGCAAGAACGGGGCCGCAGAUUCAGCGGACGGUGAGGGGGCCGACGGGGGCGAGGAGGAGGACGAGGAAGAGGAAGAAUUCGUGGUGGAGAAGAUCAUGAGCCACAUGAUUGAUGAAAAUGGCAAGCCUUUCUAUGAAGUGAAGUGGGAAGGCUACGAAAAGAAGUCUGACCGGACGUGGGAGCCGGAGGAAAACCUGAUCGAAAACGCCUCGGAAGUCCUGAACGAGUACCUCGAAAGUAUCGGUGGGCGAGAGAAGCUCUUCGAAGAGAGCGCGAACGCCUUGAAGACCAAGAAGAGGGGGCGGGCCUCUUCGUCCACACCACAGGCCGGCGCGAAGAGAGCGAGGAAAAAUGGGGACCAUCCGGCGGACUCGGAACCGCCGGCCAGCGUUAAGGCCUCGACGUGGAAGCCACCGCCGGGCAGCUGGGAAGAUCACAUUGCCCACCUUGACGCGUGCGAGGACGAGGACACGCACAAGCUGAUGGUUUACUUGACCUGGAAAAACGGGCACAAGACUCAACACGAGACUAGCGUGAUCUACAAGAGAUGCCCCCAGAAGAUGUUGCAGUUUUACGAGCGACACGUGCGGAUCGUCAAGCGAGACGCCGACACUGAUUCGGUCGGGACACCGCUUUGACACGACCAGUCUUCCGAGCCCCGAGUCUGUCAGGGACUCAAUCUUGAUUCAGUUAUUUGCGCGCGUCGAUGCUUCUCGGUGUUGUGGUGAUGGCUCCAUAGGGCGUUUUGGUCAAAGCGGCGUGCGUUCUUCAUUCGGCACGACGCUCAACUUAGGGCUGCUAGCUAAACGGAUUCUUCUCUUAUCUCUUUUCCCCGCCUUGCAAUUUUCUGGGACAUCCAGGCCGGGAGAUGCAGGCCCCCGGGCCCGACAACGAGCCUCUUCUGUCCCAUAUCUAGUUCGUCCAGGCUUCUAGGUUGUUUGUACUGGCAAUCGUUUUCCUGCAUCGCUAGUUCAAUACAUCGCUCAUUAGCGACGAUG